AGAUCUCACCGAGGAGCUGCUUGACUGCGGGCCGGACGGCCUCGUUCGGGAGCUGGAGGAGCUGCGCUCGGAGAACGACUACCUCAAGGAUGAGAUCGAGGAGCUGCGGGCGGAGAUGCUGGAGAUGCGGGAUGUCUACAUGGAGGAGGAUGUCUACCAGCUUCAGGAGCUCCGACAGCAACUGGACCAAGCCAGCAAGACCUGUCGCAUCCUGCAGUACCGUCUACGCAAGGCAGAACGACGCAGCCUCCGAGUGGCCCAGACAGGCCAGGUGGAUGGGGAGCUCAUUCAUAGCCUGGAGCAGGAUGUCAAGGUUUCCAAAGACAUCUCUGUGCGUCUGCAUAAUGAGCUGGAGGCCGUGGAAAAGAAGAGAAUCCGACUGGAGGAGGAGAACGAAGAUCUCCGGCAGAGGCUGAUCGAGGCGGAGCUGGCCAAGCAAGUGCUGCAGCACGAGAUGGACAAACCUCGGGAGCAUUCCUUGAAGAAAAGAGGAACUCGCUCACUUGGAAAAACAGAAAAAAAGGCAUCAGUCCAGGAGGACAACGCAGAUCUGAAGUGUCAGUUGCACUUUGCCAAGGAAGAGUCAGCCCUGAUGUGCAAGAAGCUCACUAAAUUAGCUAAGGACAACGACAGCAUGAAGGAGGAGCUGGUCAAGUACCGGUCUCUGUAUGGGGACUUGGACAGCUCCUUGUCUGUGGAGGAGCUCGCUGACUCCCCUCACUCGAGGGAAGCCGAGCUGAAGGCGCAUCUCAAGCUUGUCGAGGAAGAGGCCAACAUCUUGAGCCGCCGGAUCGUCGAGCUUGAGGUGGAGAACCGGGGGCUGAGGGCGGAGAUGGAGGACACGAGAGGGCAGGGUGACAAAGACUACAUUGGCCCUGACAUACGGUUUGCUUUUUCUUCCACAAACUGCGGGGGGGAGUCCGGGGAGAGCCUGGCUGAGCUGAGGAGACACCUUCAGUUUGUGGAGGAGGAAGCCGAGCUCCUGAGGAGGUCUUCUGCUGAGUUGGAAGACCAGAACAAACUUCUCAUGAAUGAGCUGAACAAGUACAAGUCAGAGCACGACCUGGACGUCGCCUUGUCCGAGGACAGCUGCUCGGUGAUCAGUGAGCCAUCUCAGGAGGAGCUGGCCACUGCCAAGAUCCAGAUCAGCGAGCUCAGUGGGAAGGUAAAGAAGUUGCAGUAUGAGAACCGGGUCCUGCUCUCCAACCUGCAGCGCUGCGACCUGGCCUCCUGUCAGACCAUGCGGCCCAUGCUCGAGACAGAUGCUGAGGCUGGGGAUUCUGCCCAGUGCAUCCCCACCACCCUCUGGAGAGAAGUGCCCAUUGGGGGAGAGAACGAUACUCUAGGCCACCCUGAGCGGACAGCGGACAAUGGUGUCGCAAAGCUACCUGACCCCCACCUCACCAAGCUCUUUAAAACCAGAGACCUGGAGGCUUUGCCAAGCAUCCGGGACCAGGCUGCCCUGGUCAGCAAAGCUAUCGAUGUAUUAAUUUCAGAUGCCAAUGGCUUCAUAUCCAGCCUCAAGCUAUGCCUGGACAAUGAUUGUGCAGACCUCAUGUUGAAUGAGUCCCUGGACAACAGCGAGAGCCCCAGCGAUUCCAAACUUAUCAAUGUUAUCUUCGUAAGGCUUGGGCUUCUGCAGCAGGAGCUGAACACUUUCAUGAGGAAAGUGGAUAAUAGCAUUGGGGACUCUCUGAAAGAGUCUACAGAAACCUCCUCUCUGCCAAUCCCAGGGGCCCAGGAUUCCUCCAAGGAAGUUCUGGGCAAAGAGCAUGGCUCUGACUUCCAGCCUGACUUUAGAGACCUGCCAGACUGGGAGCCCCGGGCCAGGGAGGCCUUCUGCAGCACUAGCAGCGACCCGGAUCCCAAACCCGAACUCACCCGGAGCUACAAGACUUAUCAAGCUGAAGACAAUGAAUCCUAUGCUACUGAGAUCAAAGAACUACAGCUGGUGCUCUCAGAAGCCCAUGAGAGCCUUCGGGGCCUUCAAGAACAGCUUUCCCAAGAGAGGCAGCUGCGUAAAGAGGAUGCAGAGAAUUUCAAUCAAAAAAUCUUCCAGCUGAAGGAAGAUCAACAGAAGACUCUCCUACGCAGGGAGUUUGAGCUGCAGAGUGUGAACCUCCAGAGGAGGCUAGAGCAGAAGUUUUGGAGCCAGGAGAAGAACCUCCUGGUACAGGAAUCCCAACAGUUCAAGCAGAACUUUCUGCUGCUUUUCAUGAAGCUUAAAUGGUUCCUCAAACGCUGGAGACAGGGCAAGAUCUUACCCAGUGAGGGCGGUGACUUUCUAGAGGUGAACAGCAUGAAGGAACUCUACCUGCUAAUGGAAGAGGAAGAGCUAAACCCCCAGCAUUCUGACAAUAAAUCCUGUGUCGGGGAUAUCUGGACACAGAACACUCCCAAUGAAUAUGUGAAGACUCUUGCAGACAUGAAGAUCAUCCUGAAAGAAUUGUGCCGAGAGCUUCGGGAAGAGCGGCGGGGCAUGAAUGAGCUCCAGCAGCAGUUUGCUAAGGCUAAGUCUGCCUGGGAAAUGGAGAAGACUGAGCUCAAGUGCCACCUGGCACAGCUGGAACUAAAACCUGGGAAAGGAGUGGGUGAGCGAGCCCUGCCUGACUGGAAGGCCAUCCUGAAAAGAGAAAGGGAGGAACACCAGCACCUCCUGGCUGAGUCCUACAGUGCCGUCAUGGACCUCACUAAACAGCUACAGAUCAGUGAGAAGAACUGGGACCAACAGAAGAUAGAGCUGCUGGAUAGGUUCAAAGAUGAGAAGCAGCAGGCUGAACAGCAGGUGAAGGAGCUACAGAAUAAAAUAAGCCAGCUGCAAAAGGGAGCUGAUUCCUGGGCUUUGAAACACAUUGAGAUGGAAAAGCAUGACAGCAGCUGGAAAGAGACCCUUAUUGAGAAGAUACAUGACAAAGAGACCAUUUCUGAAGCUGAUGCCAAUGGAACCAACUUAAAGAGGACCAAAUCUGUUUCUUCCAUGUCUGAGUUUGAAAGUUUGCUUGACUGUUCUCCUUACCUUCCUGGCAAAUCAUCCAACAUAGUCAACGAAACUUCCCGAGGCAAAAAGACCUCUCCAGCUGCCUCCCUGCUGCCCAAUACCCUGAUGGAUACUGCCACAGUGAACCCUGCCAGAAUUGCCUUUGUGGACAAUGAGCAGGCCAGCCCAGAAAAGGGGACCAAAGAGAAGCUGGGGCUCUCCCCUAGAGAUUGCAACAGGAGAGGCAGCCUGGCCUACCAGGAUUGUGCCCAGAAGCAGAUGCAGAGGAGCUACACGGCUCCUGAUAAAACAGGCAUCCGGAUUUACUACAGCCCACCUGUGGCCCGUAGGCUAGGGGUCCCUCUGGUCCAGAAUAAAGAAGGAAAAAUUCUCAUUGAGCCCGGCUUCCUCUUUACCAUGGCCAAACCCAAAGAGUCAGCAGAGUCGGAAGGCUUGGCUGAAAGUACAUAUGGCCGGUGGCUGUGUAACUUCUCCAAACACCGGGAACUUUUGGACAGUAGCCCAGUCAGCAGUUCUGCAGCUCCUGUGCCCAACUUCCCCUCUGCCCUACAUGACUUUGAGAUGUCAGGCAACAUGAGCGAUGACAUGAAAGAAAUUACCAACUGUGUCCGCCAGGCCAUCCGCUCUGGCUCUCUGGAAAGGAAGGUAAAAAGCAUGUCAAGUCAGACUGUAGGGCUGACAAGUGUAGGCACCCAGACUAUCCAGACAGUGAGUAUUGGUCUUCAAACUGACCUGCCUCGGGGAAGCCUGCAUGGCAAGAGUUGGUCACCCCGUAGCUCUUCUCUGGUAUCUGUCCGAAGCAAACAGAUAUCUUCUUCACUGGAGAAGGUCCACUCUCGCAUUGAAAGACCUUGUUGUUCUCCUAAAUAUGGGUCACCAAAGCUUCAGAGGAGAUCUGUGUCCAAACUGGAUAGCUCUAAGGACCGAAGUCUGUGGAAUCUUCACCAGAGUAAGCAAAAUGGAUCAGCUUGGGCCAGAUCCACCACAACCCGAGACAGCCCAGUCUUAAGCAACAUUAAUGACGGACUAUCUAGUUUGUUCAAUGUAGUAGAGCACUCUGGGAGCACUGAGUCUAUCUGGAAGCCAGGGAGCCAGGAGACCCGCACCAAACCAGAAACUCACAAGUAUGGUAUCGUACAGGAGUUCUUCCGUAACGUGUGUGGCCGCUCACAGAGUCCCACUUCUGGGACAGAUCGGAAGGAAGUAGUGGGAGAUGAGUGCACCAAAAGGCCAGAGCCUCUUUCCCCAGCAAGUUACCACCAAUCUGAAGGCAUUGCCAGGAUUUUGAGCAAGAAAACUCUAAAGCUGAGCAGCUGUGAGGAGGUCAAGCCAGCUUUACUCUCCCAGGGGGGUAAGGAUGGAACCCCUCGAGAUCCAGAUGGCAAUUUGACUGUGGCUAAUGAGGAUGCCAUGUGUGACUGCAGUGCCCAGUCUCUGACCUCUUGCUUUGCUCGGCCUUCCCGAUCCAUCACCAGGCACUCUCCCUCUAAAUGCAGACUACAUCCCCCCGAAACCAUCCGGGGAGGGGAAGAGAGGACAGCUUCUUCCAGCGAAUGAUCAUGCUGCCAAGGGACAGAACAGCAAUGCUCCCCCUUGUCCCAUCCCACCCCUCAGCAAACAGUCAUCGUGAGAAGCCAAAUCUCUAGUGACCCAUUGAGUAGAUCUGGAUCAGCUGAUAUGAGGCAACAGAGCCCAGAGGGGGUCCAGCAGCCUGUACAUCUGUCUCUUAAACACCACCUUGCAUUGGAAGGAGGAUUUAAGAAGCAGAUGUUGCAUCAAAGCUUGGAAACCUAUGGAAUAGGUUCCAAGGGGAAGAAAUGCAAGAGAUCCCUUUUGCAUCAAGCAACAGGAAUAUCAUGGGCUGAGUGACCUCCAACCUUCAGAUGAGAAGACAGGGAAUGGGAGAGAUCAAAGUUAAGUGUUGGAGCUUCGCUACUAGGGAUCUUCUCUGAGAGCCUCUUCUUGGGUGCUAAGGGAGUAGAAGAACUUCUUGCUCAACUUAAAUUUUUUCUUAGGAUACCUAAUAGGGGAGGUAUCCUUUGGGGACUACAGAUACCCCAAAUAGGCAGCCACAGUACAGCUAAAACUGAUGUGGUUUUGAGAAGAGAUUUCAACAGCCUAAGUCUUAAACCUUUCUUCCGAGGGAUGCUUUUCCCCUGUAAUCUUCUACAACACCAGGAAGAUUUCCUUUUAAACAAUAGCAAAGCCAGGAGGCACUGGCAGUGCCUGGCUAUAUGUGCGGUAAAAGGCCAGGAGCUUUAACAAGAAAUCUGGUUGUACCAAAUGGAUGACACUGUAUAUCUCCAUUACCAUGCAUUGCAGUUCAAACACCCAGUGUUGAGAAGACGUGAUCCAUCCUUUAAGACAACCCAAUGAAGUUUUUGUGAAACACGAUAGGUCCUGGCAAUACUACAUAAUGAUGAACUAGAUUUGGACUUUUUCUCUGAGGCCCAGAAUAAUCCCUUCCUUUUUCUCACAUUUCUUAGCCUCUGGCUCUUGCUGCCCUGGAUUUCUGUGACUCUCCAUGGAGUAUGAUAGGGUAGCCAGCCACUCAAAGAGUCUGGAUCUUCAUAUCUUAGAAGUAAGGGGUUUUACAUUCCCCAUCUUUGGCAGCUCAUGUCCAACAAUGAUGUAAAAAAAAAAAACCAAUACCAGACUUGUGGGAGC